CCUUAGCCUUUCGCGGAAAUGACGAAGCCGUGGGUCUUAAGCCGCGGCGGCUCGUAACCAGGGCGACGGGGUGGGGCGGGGCGCGGCCGGGCGCUCCCCGAGUGCUCCGCGGGACGGGGCGUCCACCUCGCGGGCUGCGGGCCAGGUCCCGACGGGCCCCAGCUGAGAGACAGGAGGCCGAGGGCGCGACCCUUCUCAGGGCACCUGUUACCUGUUCGCUGUUCCUCGUAAGAACACGGGAAGCGUUGGAGGAGCCACACAGUAAUCUCAUUGCGUCCGUCUGGGACACUCCCCUCAUCACCAACUACAUGCUGGCUACGGUGCUAGGCACGGGUUCCUUUGAAAUGUGCUAGUGCUGGGCUCGUGCAUCGUGGACCACUGUCACAGACCGCCUCUGCCGUUCUGUUUUCUAGCCGUGGAAGCACAGUCCACAGCUCUGAGCAAGCUGUCUUCCACGCACCUGGGAGUUCAGAUUGGAGAUGGAAGACCCACAAGAGAUUCUCUGUGCUGAUGCUGGCCGUGUCGGUGACUUGGUCACAGAGAAAGGCCUGGUAGCAUCGAAGGAGCCUGCAUCCCAUGUUCAGCUCGCUUGUAGCGCUCAGUACUGCGCUUUCCCAGUAGACGGGAAUGCACUUUGCGUGUGGAGCACCGAGGACCCUUCGUACCAGCCUCUGACCCUAAGAGGACACCAUGAGCCAAUUACUGCUGUGGCGUUUGGAAAUGCAGUGAGUCCAGUUCUCAUCUGUUCCGCAUCACGGGAUUAUGUUAUAAUGUGGAGUCUAAAUGAAUGCAGACAGAAAGUACUUCAAGGGCUGACUCCUCGAGGGGUUGUCGUGGGCACCCUCCUGGGAAAGGUGCUGUGUUUGAGGUUGAGCCCGGAUGACCGUGUGGCUGCAGUGUGUGCUGGAAAGAAAAUAUUCAUGCUGGAUCCUGAGAGCCGGUCUACACUAGCUGAGCUGGAGGGUCACCGGGCCGUCGUGACCGCAGCCGAGUUCUGUCCAUGGCACACACACAUCCUUAUCUCAGUGUCUGAAGACAGAAGCUUCAAGGUUUGGGAUCAUCAUAUGGGAUCAUUAAUCUACAGCUCAUCAGUGUUCACAGCCUCCCCUCUCCUCAGUCUCGUCCUUGAUGCAGAGAACCGGCAGCUGGUGACAGGAUGUGCCAACGGCCAGCUUUGGAUCUUCAGUUUGGUUGAAGGACAUCAUUAUCGUUGUGUGACACGAGUUGACCUAAAGAAGAAAAGAGAGAGUUUCUCCAGGAGGAUUGAGUCCAGGCUGUGCAGCCUGCCAGGAGAGAGUCAGCGCACCUGCACAGAUGGGCUGGGCAAAGGAGAGGAGGCUGAAGCAAGCCUCCCUGUCCUGGGGCUGGCACCCUGCGACCUGUCCCUCAUCCUCCGUGCCGAGUGUGGGGGUCUGUCUUCUGAGAAUACCACAUGCGUGUGGAUUGGAAGCUCAGCUGGCUUAUUCAUAUUUAACUUGGCAAACUUCGAAUUGGAAGCCGUUUUACAUUACAAGGAUUUCAGGAGCCUCAGCAUUCAAGUUGCCGGGUCCUGUGCAGUGACGAGCAAAGCCGGUGAUGACAAGGCCAUCUGCUUACUCACGUCCUUGUUUGGCCGUAAGAUCGCCAUGCUGGAAAUCCGUGUAGCUGUUCUGGUGAGGUCUCAGCAGAGGCACGACGUGGGAAGGGAUCUGUCCGUGCUGCCUCGUGCCCGUGUCCUGUCCACCUCUCCACUGUACUUCAGACGUGCUGAGGAAACCAGGACGCAGCCGGCCCCGCAGAGGCAGUCGGCUGUGCGGAGCACCGUUAAGGACCAGCCCCUGGUUUUCCACAACAAAGUGAGGUCUUCUGGGUAUGCGUCCACACCGCACAUAGCUAUGUUCUCACCAAAGACCAACACCAGGAGCAGCGGUGAGCGCUCUUUACCUCGAAGAGAUGGUCAGAGGUGUAAGGAAUACCCUUUGGAGAGUUCUCCGCCAGUCAAAGUCCACAAGCAGCGUGUCCUCGCACAUGGGCCAACUGCUGCAAGCUGCAUCCAGUACUCAGACUUACCCGGAGGGGAGAAGAUAUGUUUGUCCUCAGUCCCGGUGGCUAGAAGGCCACCCCUCAGCAUUUUGAGGGCAUUCCUGCAGUUUUCAUUACUUCCAACUGUGCUAAGUUCCCUUCGUUUAUCAUCAGGAGAUGGACAGUGGCUUGCCUGUGGCUUUGCUAACCACUUGUCACUGGUCUUCCGCGCCGAUCUCACUGGGACACCUGCUGUGUUUUCAGGUCACGACGGGGCAGUGAGCACCGUGUGCUGGAGCCAUGACGGCCGGCGGCUGCUAUCUGCUUCCCGGGACGGGACGCUGCGGCUGUGGUCACUCCGCGGGGCGGAACUCGUGUUGUGUGUGGGCAAAGAUGUGUUUUCCAAGCCCGUUCGGUCUGCGCAGUUCUAUUACAUAGACACUUUCAUACUGUUGUCUUCCGGCCCCGAGCUCCAGCUCCUCCGGUACCACGUGGACACUUGCAAGGAUGAGAUCCAGAGAUACAAACAGAAGAGCAGGUGCAAACGUGUCUUCAGACUUGGUACGACUGGUAUGACAGAGAUUACCAGUUUAUCAGCCGUAAAUGACUUCUAUUCCUAUCUCGUGCUCACGGCCGGCCGGAACAGGACCCUGGAAGUUUUUGACCUCAAUGCAGGUCGCAGCGCAGCCGUGAUCGUGGAAGCCCAUUCACGGCCUGUCCACCAAAUCUGCCAGAAUAAAGGAUCAUCAUUCACGACCCAACAGCACCAGGUGUAUAACCUUUUCGCCACCACAGCCACCGGGGACGGCAUAAAGCUGUGGGACUUGAGAACCCUGAGAUGCGAGCGCUGUUUUGAAGGACAUCCAAACUACGGAUACCCAUGUGGGAUUGCCUUUAGCCCUUGUGGACGCUACGUGGCUUCUGGUGCAGAGGACAGACAUGCAUACAUGUAUGACGUCGGCUCGAGCACGUUUUCUCACAGACUGGCUGGACACACGGACACCGUCACUGGCGUGGCCUUCAGCCCGUCAGCCCCCCAGCUCGCCACGGUCAGCCUGGACGGCAAACUGCAGCUCUUUGUAGCCGAUGGCUAACCGCGGGCCGGUGUGGCACAGGCGUGAGGGGGCCGCGCCGGCCAGGGCAGGGGUCCUGCCUCCCAGCACCACCGGGCUUGGGUCCCUUGCCUCCACCAGCCGCUGCUGCUCUGCGUCACUCACGCCUGUAAGUUCCAUGCUCCCCCUAAGGGUCCCCUUGCUGGGAGACCGGCGUUGGCGUCCAGUCAUUCCGCACAGAGUGUGGCCAAGUUGGAACAGAAUGUUCUUCAAUAAAAAGUAACUUCGU